AUGGAUGACGAAGGAUGGGUUCCAAUAACCACGAUUGCGGACUUUAAAAGGGUUAAAAAAAUGUGUACCGACAUAACGUUUAUCAUUGAUUCACUGCUGGGUUCAGCUACUGUAGAAGUGCAGGUGCCUUUGUACUUUUGGUGGCCUACUCAAAUUACGAAAGAUGUUGGAUUCAGAGAAGUUGAGAGAUAUGCUGACAAGCUAACAAGAUACGGAGACGUGAUGAAUGGUCAAAGUGGACCGCAGCCUCUGCAGACUCUAUGUUUAACAUCCAAACCGCAAACUUCCCUGGUUCAACAUCAAGAAAGGUCUAUCAAUGCUCCUGAGAAUAGUGAUUCCAUCGAUGAUAGAAGGAACACUUCCGAAGAAAAAGCUGAACUUUCAUCAGAUGAAAAAACUUUGAUGUUGUGCAUGCCAUCAAACACCAAACAUGGCACUGAUGGUGUUCAGGUUGAUGGAGGAUCACAAGAUUAUAAUGCUGGUUUAAGUGGAAAGUUGACUUCUAAAUCAAAUUGCGAUUCCUCAAUUGUCAAAAUGAAUCAUGACUCAGACUGCCUAGACCACUCAGAGGGAAUUGAAAGUGUAAGACUUGAUGAUGAUGGGGUGGAAGGCAUGCCGUCAGAUAUGGAUAUGAAGAAUGUUGGUGACCUGUCUAAUGAUUUUGCAAACACAUUUAUGCUGGAUGAAGAGCUAGAGCUUGAGCAGAAAAUAAUAAAGAAGGAUGAUCUUUUUCCUGUUAGAAGAAGGGCAUUUCAUCAUUAUCGUGAACAACGGGAUCAGAAAGAGCCUCUAAUGAAACAUCCAGAAUUGGAUCGUUUGCUCAGGGAAGUAUACCGUAGCUUGGAUGACUUCCGUGCCAAAGAGAGAGCCACUAUGAUGAAAUAG